GUAAAAGUGAAGUUAUGGCUUUCUUAAAGGAUAACUAAAUUUACUCCAUCAUUAGGCAACUAACAGUGUGCAGAAUUAUUAUGCAACUCAAUGAAAAACAAAGAUUUUCCCAUCUCACUUGUUUAUUUUAACCUCUUAAAGUUAGAAUGACAACUAAACUAAGAAAAAAAUACAUAUAAACCUUUCUGAAAUGUGAAAAGGAAAACCUCAGUGACCAAUGUAGCUGCCUUUUUUUCAAUGACAGACACAAGCCUUCCAUUCAUGGAGUCUGUCAGUUUCUUGAUCUGCUCGGGAUCAACUUUUUGUCCAGCCACGGUUUAGAGAGGUGUACCCACUUAAAAAAGGCCCAAAAAUUCUCAAUAGGGGUUAGGUCAGGUGAAGAAGGGGGCCAUGUCAUGAGGUUUUCAUGUCUUGCAUAAAAACGAGUGUCUUCUUGAAAGAUGCAGACUGUUUCCUGUACCACUGCUUGAAGAAAGAGACUUCCAUAAAUUGGCAGUAGGUCUGAGAGUUGAUCUUAAGUCCAUUUUCAAUUUGAAAAGGUCCAACUAGCUUAUUUUUAAUAAUACCUGCCCACACCAGCCCCCCACCUCCACCUUGCUGGCGUCUAAGUCGAAGUGGAGCUCUGUGUCCAUUACUGAUCCAACUACGGGUUCAUCUAUCUGGUCCAUCAAGAGUCACUCUCAUCUCAUCAGUCCACAAAACCUUUGAAAAGUCUGUCUUUAGAUAUUUCUUGGCCCAUUCUUGACAUUUCAACUUGUGCAUCCUGUUGAGAGGUGGUCAGGUUUCAGCUUUUCUUACUUUAGCCAUGACCCUGAGAACGGAACAUCUCGGACUUCUUGAUACUCCAGGUCGGUUGCAGUUGUGGAACAUAGCAGCACGGGUGAAUAAAGGCUUCCUGCCAGCUGCACGCUUGAUUCUUCUCAAAUCUUUGGAAGUUUCACACGUUUCUUGCGUCCUCGUUGACAAUUUGCUACAUAACACUUAGUUCUGCGGUCACACCCCCAGUAUCUUGGAUUCUUCAUCCCUCUUAAAGACUUUUUACAUUUUCUGAUCUGUCAGAAUCAGUUAAAUCUCUCUUAAGGCCCAUUUUACCUGCAUGUCCUUAUGUAGGAUUUUGAUCUUCCUCUGCCACGCCCUCUCUCCUUACAUAAAUGCGUAUCAGUUGAUAUGCAUUAAUUCCAAUAUGCAUUCAAGUUUACAUGGCUUGAUGUUGGCAAUUGUGCUUACAAUAUUUAUAUGGUCAAAAUGUUACCUCUCUAAUGCUUAUGCACACAGUGUAUGCCUGCAGAUAUGGACCAGUAGCUUCAAUAAUUGAAUCAAAUCCCCACUGGAAUCUGAAGUGCAUUUUACGAUUAGCCAUAAAGGCUUCACAUGUUCAGAAAGAGGUUUUUUUCUGUUUGCAGGCAAAGCUCCAGUCACUGUCUUCAACUUUUUUAUUCCUUCAAAACCCUGUAAGACUAAAAACAAAACAAAAAAGGCAGAUAUUUUGCACAAUAUAAUCAUAAAUGUUAGUUAGUUUUUAUCUAUCCACAAAACACUAAGACCAGUCAGUUGGGACUUUAUUUUCCUUCUGCCAGUUCUGCGUAAAGAAAGGCGUCCUUUUUUAAGGAAAUUUAAAAAAAAAAGAUCCCAAAUUAAAAUGCAGCAUUUGACAUCCACAUAGAUCAAUCGACAAGCAGCCUUUAAUGUAAAGCAUAAAGGAUUGUACUGGUCAUUGCAUUGAUUAGGGUACAUACAUUGAAAAAAAAUGUUUCAUUUGAAUUCCCCUCUCUACCUUAUGAUAAGUAAAAAUCAUUUCCAUGCUUGUCACUGGGCAAAGUUUGUGCGGUUUCCCUAAGAAUUGAAACCCAGUCAUCUCUGUCUCUUUCAUUUGUGAGAAUGACCGCUGUCUCACAUUCAGGGGAAGAGGCUAUACCGCCAUCACGUGGUUUGUUUUAGCAUUGCAUCUUUUUUUGCUGAUCAGUUCCACAUUCUCUGCUCCAUUCCCUGCAGCAUUUCAUACUGGCUCCUACUGUAUGAAACAUUAUAGUUCCUCUACUAGUCGAUACUAAUGGAAUAACUGUCUUGUACUGGGGGACUGCAGUGUUGAAUACCAGAUACCUACUUAUUUGAAAAAGAAAAAAAAAAGAAAAAGGGAUUCUUCUUUGGGAAAAUUGGAUCUGGAUGGUUCCACAUUUGAUGAACCAUGGCAACCUCCUCUGAUACCCUGCACUUCAGUUUCCCCACCUACGGAGACUCCAUCCUUAGCAAAAUGAAUGUUUUAAGAGAGGAACAUCAAUUCUGUGACAUAACUCUCCACGUCGGGACUCCAAAGGAUGGCCUGCCUGUCCAUUUCCACGGUCACAGAGUGGUGCUUGCAGCAUCUUCAGACUUCCUUCGCGAUCAAUUCCUGCUCCAUGAAGGCCAGGCAGAGCUGAGUGUGGGUGUGGUUUCCAGUGGGAGAGUUGCAGAGUCAUUGUUCUUGUCCUGCUACACCGGAAUCUUGGAGAUCCCUCUGAGAGAGCUGGUGAGCUACCUGACGGCAGCCAGUGCUCUCCAGAUGAGUCAGGUGGUGGAGAAAUGCACAGAAGCAGUCUCCCUUUACCUCAGCCCCACUCUGACAUUUUUAAAGCAGAAACUAAGCAGAAGCUGGCUGGAUUCCAGCUGUGAUGAUCAGAAGGAAAAGGAUGAAGUCCAGUCCAGAAACCAAGAGGCAAAGCAAGAGGGAGUGUCACCGAGGGGGGGUCAACAAGCUGGACAAAAACUUAGGGAUUCGAAAGAGAAGAUGCAGUUAACUGAAGUAGCCUUGGAGUCUGAAAAAGUUUCCAAGAUCAGAGGCAGUCCAGGCGAAGAACAACAACACGAAGAGGAGGAGGGAGCCGAGGGAAGAAACAACUCAUUGGCAGAACAACAUCAACCAGAUGAAGACAAAACUCUGUCAGGAGAAGACACAGCAAAGAGUCACAUGACUGCAGAAGACGUGUCAGAGGAUCCCGAAAAGACUUUGCUUCAGAGGCCAUACCUGUGCAGAAAGUGUGACAAAGUCUUUCAGCACUUGGAGAGCUACAUGGAUCAUGUGAAGGAGAGCAAAGAGCAUUUCUGUUUGGUCUGCAAAAAAAGCUUUUCAGGGAAGGGCAACUUGAGUCGCCACAUUUGCACCUACACCGCUGCCAAGCCGUUCAGAUGCCCACUCUGUCACAAGACGUUUACGAAGAAAGCUUUGCUGCAAGAUCACUUCCACCUGCACACAAGGGAGUCACCUCGUAAGUGUGCUUUGCAUCUCGCUCUUACAUGAAAUUUCAGGACCAUCUUGCAAGUCAGACAAGCUUGAAGAACUGUAGCUUUUGCAGAAAUCUUUGGUCAUAUUAAUCUAUUAAUGACAUGCAUGCUGAAAAAACAUUUGAUCCAUACUAUUCUAACAUAAUGCCCCCCUAAUCUAUUUGGGUUCAGACUCUUCAGGGCAGGGGUCUGCAACCUUUAAUACUAAAGAGCCCUUCGGUUCAGGUUCUUCUUGACAAAAAACAGAGAGAGCUGCAAAGUCCCACUUUUACCAUUUAGAAAAAUACACUUUACUCCUAUUUUUUGUGGCCAUAAAGCCAUUCUUUUAUGAAAUGUAGCUUUGACAUUUUUACAGUGAUUGAAUCAUAACAGUGUUAUACUUCCUUUCAAAAUAAAAUAAAUCCAGUGCCAAAUAAAUUCCUCCUGCAGUAGAUUUACUUCAAUCAUACUUUAAAACCUUUGAGCAACCUCUGAAAAACUAAAAAUAAAAUAAAAAGUUUAAAGUUCUUCUAUUAAUGAUAAACCCAUCUGACAAUAGAUUAAGCCCUUUAACAAAAGUCUGCUCAGUUAUCUGACAUGCACAUUUUGAAAGACUGGUAAAGCUCUCAAUGCCUUUUGAUUUAGUCCAAUGUCAGCAAUGGACAAAGGAAUAAAUCAUUUUUAGUCUUGUAAGAUCAUCUAAGUUUGAAUUCUUUUUAAAUAAGUGAAGAAUCCAAUCUAACCAAUUAAUUAUUAAAACAGCAUUUCUAUUUAAGGCUACAGAGCCACAAUGAGAUGAAAGGACUGCAUGUGGCUCUGGAGCCUCAGGUUGUGGACUUCUGCUUUAGGCACAAAACUUCAUAGAUGUUACACAUUUCUGUCAGGUUUCUCUUGCUUUGCUCUGGUCACAUCUUUUAUUUUUAUUUUUAUUUUUUUACCAGAACGGCUCUUUUUUCUUUUUUA